AUGUCCGGUCCAGGUGAUUUCGUAGCAGAUAAUCUUGCAUCAGGUGGUGCGGUGUGCGGGACAGCAGCUGUUGCAGGAGUGCAAGAAACAUCGAGCAGCGGUACUCCUGCCAAGAAACCCAAGAAAGCGUGUCGCGCUAGAACUGGUUAUAUGUUAUUCCACGGUGAGGCUAGAAAGCGCAUCAGAGCAGCACAUCCUGAACUGAAUUUUGUUGAAGUGAGCAAACGUGUCGGCGAAGAGUGGGCCAAAGUAUCAGCUGAAGAAAAGAACAAAUAUAAAUUGCGUGCAGAACAGAUUGCAAAGGAAGCAAAGGAAGACGACAGUCAAAAAAUCAUUUUGCCCCCUCCAGGAAGGAUUCUUGUUUAUCAGUGCAUGUGGCAGAAAUGUGACAUCCAAGCCGAUACAUCUGAUGCUCUUUACGAACAUAUCAAAACUACACACAAUAUGGAAUACUUCUCGCAGGGCGAAAAACGUUAUGCUUGUUUAUGGUCGACAUGUUUCAGAAAUAAACGAUAUCCAAGAUCAUUUUCACUCCUGCCUCACCUACAGCAACAUAUUAAAUACAAACAUUUGCCAAGGUGCGCCCGAUUUAUCACACCAGAUAAGAAAAGCAAGAACUUCUUCAGUUUGACAUCGUCUGCACCCACACCUACAACUGAUUCUGCGAGUGCAGUGCGAUCAUAUGCACGAAAGACACAUCCUUUAGUUACCUUGCACACACCAUUUGUGUUACCAUCCUCGCAUGGGCAAAUGCAAAUAGCUCCAGCAUUUAUGAUUCCACAACAGCAGCCCAGUAAUUUUCCGCAGGAUGGUUUUGCUUACGCACUGAGCGCUAAUACAUCGGGACAAUCGUUCGCGGAUGGUGGUGUCGCCAUAGCGAUGCUGGAACAAGAGGGAAACAAGGGCCCCACGAACUCCGAAUCGUCAGCACUUCAGCAGGCAUUUUACUCAGGACAGCAGUAUUUGCCAAAUUCAAACAGUGCUUGGACAGUUCCUAACAAAGGUACUCGAUCUCCGGACUUCAACAACGGAUAG